GUCUGGUCUAAACUUCGAUUAUUAUAAUGACACGGAUAAUUUGGAAAUUUUUAUGUUAGAAAUGUCUUUAGGUCUUGUAUAUCAAAGUGAAGAUAUCACUGAUGACCUUCUAUUAUCUUAUGACCAUGAAGACAAGAUAGCAGCUAUCGAAAUAUAUGGUGCAUCAAAUGUAUUACAUGUAUCCUUCGUUCAAGGAAAUCCACGUUUUGUGAUUAAUCACAUGUAUCAUGAAGAUUCUGAUAUUUUGGAGAUUAAUCUCGUUAAUUAUACUCCACGCAUGGUCGAAUUCAAGAAAACCGAAGUGGAGGAUGUUGAGAUAGGAAUGGAUAACGAUGGAAAGCUUGUUAGCUUACUCUUUUAUAAAGCUAGUAAUAGAGUAUUGGAGACGUUGUCAGAAGAUGAGAGAGAAGAACGUGCGAACAUGGCAGAAGAACUUAGUAAACGAUAUAGGGAAUACUUGAAAAUGAAUAAACCCGAAAUUAAUAUGCAAGAAGUAGUUUAG